UGUUAUUGACUUGACUCUUUGUUCAUUGAAGCGGGGCGACAUUUUGUUACUACUGGAACUAGUUUGUCUGCAACAAGAGCAAAACAACUAAAAACUUUGUUUUAUUCUUCAGUCAAAAAUGCGUCCUAGAAUUCAAGUCAAAUAUGUUACAGAACACAUGAAGUAUUUAAAAGAAAAUAUAAAAGUCAUUAAACCUGUGGUUGAAGCUUUACAAAUUGCAGUACAAAACAGCAAGACUUGGUUAGAAGAUAAAAGUGACAACAAAUCUGUGACAUACUGUGAUCUAUGUCAAGAUCUUGAAUCAGCGACAACAGCCAUGUUGGAUGUAGCGGAACAUAUUUUAGACGAAAAUAAAGACACUGUAGGUACUGAAGGAAGGUCAUUUUCAUCUCAGUCUACACCACAAACUACAGCAACAGAAAAACGUGACAGUAGUGAAUCAACAUAUCAUAAUCUUAAAGAACUUCAUCUAUUAUCAGGUAUACACACUUAAUUUUUUUAAAGUUAUCAUUAAACCAAUAAUGGAACAGUGAAAUAUUUUAAUUUAUUUUCUUAAAAGAAAUGUAGCAUCUGAUUUCCAAACAGUAUUACUUCUCUGAUUGACUUAACAUUGUAUUGCCUUAGAUAUAUUAUGUCGCCUUGAGCAGAUAAAGACAACCAUAUCUUCUCUACAAGAUAAAAAGGUAAAGUCUACAGAUGGCAUAUCAGAAUAUAAAACAAUGGAGAGACAACUUUGUAACAGAACAGAGUGACAUGGGGGUAAACAUUGAACAACUGACUAAAAAACAAAAACAAAAUUUUAAAAACCUUAGAAAACAAAUGAGUGAACAAGAUAACAAAAUAAAGGAGCUGAACAAAGAAAUUGAAAGUUUAAAAGAAAAAGAAUCCAAGUCA